AUGACCUUCUCGACUCGUCUUGCCUCCCGUAUCUCGGGCAUGGCCAGCCGUCGCUUGACGGCCGCAACGGCCAACAACCAGCUCCAGCUCCAACUGCGCCAUAUGGCGAGCAAGACCCCCAACUCGAGCGUGUUCAACACCAACCAUGGCAUCGGGGCCGCUACCGCCGAACUAUUUGCUCGCGCUGGCUCCAACGUCGUCCUCCUCGCCCGCCGCCGUGCGGCACUGGACCAAGUCGCCGAACAGUGCCAGCAGGCAUACGCCGAGUCGGGGCACGACGGCAGAGUCGUGGUCAUCCCGGCUGACAUGCAGGACCGCAAGAGCGUCGGCGGGGUCCUGGACCAGCUGGACGGGUUGACACUGGACAUCCUGGUCAACAAUGCUGGCCUGGUCCGCGGUCGCGAGCAUGUCGGAGACGUCACGGACGAAGACAUCGAGGUCAUGUUCCAGACGAACGUGUUUGGCCUGAUACACUUGACCCAGUCGGUUGUGCGCGAGUUCAAGAAGCGCAACCAAGGCAUGAUCAUCAACCUCGGCUCAGUGGCUGGCAUCGAGCCCUAUGCUGGAGGCUCGAUCUACUGCGCGACCAAGGCGGCCGUGACGGCGUUUAGCGGCUCGUUGCUGCGUGAACUGGUCAACACCAACAUCCGCGUCGCCGAGAUCCAGCCGGGCAUGGUCGAGACCGAGUUCUCCGUCGUGCGGUACCGCGGGGACAAGGACAGGGCCACAAACGAGUAUUCUGGCAUGACGCCUUUGACGGGUGCGGACAUUGCAGAGCAGAUUGUGUGGGUUGCGUCCCGCCCAGCACAUGUCAACAUCGCCAACAUGCUCAUCUUCCCCGUAAACCAAGCUUCAGCGACAAUCAACUGGCGCAAGCCCCAGGAAUAA